AUGUCGUCCACAGACCCGUCCGCCUCGCCGACGAGCACUAAUGGGGCUGCCCUAGCCAGACAGAAUCAGAGCAUCGCCAACUUUGCCGCCUCGCUCUCCACGGCUACUGUCAUUUUCGGUGUACAGUUGGGCGUCUUCUUGAUACUGAGUGGCAACUGGAAAAUCACACGAUCCAAGAAGAGCCUAGAUGAAAAGCCUUCAGAUCGACAGAGCCUCUUCCAGAGGAUAUACUACUACAAGACUGCCUUUGUACCCAAGGCCAAACGCAUUGCAGCCCCAGUUACCGCCAUCGAGUCCAUCAAGACAGUGUUCAAGAUCAGCGACCGUGAGCUCAUCCGUAUUGCAGGUGUAGACGGCUUCCUGUUCCUCCAGUACCUGCAGCUGCUGCUUCGCAUAUUCAUACCUAUGGCCAUUGUCAUCCUGCCUAUUCUGCUGCCAAUCAACCGCAUCGGAGACGUCCCGGGAGUCUCAGGACUGGAUUCGUUUGCAUGGCCGAACGUGGCCACUCUAGGCAAGCAGCACCGCUUGUGGGCACACUUGAUUCUGGCAGUUUGUGUAGUAUGCUGGGUUUGCUUCAACUUCUUCCUGGCGAUGAGGAAGUUCGUCCGCCUCAGGCAGACCAUUCUCACCAUGCCAGAGCAUCGCAUACGCGCCUCCGCGACCACCAUUCUCGUCCAGAGCAUCCCCCGGAAGUGGCUCACCAUGGCUGCGCUCGACGCGCUCUACGACGUCUUCCCUGGAGGCAUCAAAGAAAUCUGGAUUAACCGCAACUUCGAUGAGCUGCAGGACAAGGUCAACAAACGGAGCAAAUGCGCCAGAGCCCUCGAAUCCGCUGAAACAAACUUGAUCAUCAUGUGCACGAAGAAGCACAAGGAAAUGCAGGAGGCCAAAGCCAAGGAAGAAGGUAAAAAGAAGAAGACGAAGAGAGAAAAGAAGCACGACGAAGCGCAAAAGAACGACGAAAUCGCCCAUGAAACUGUCGACCAUGGUACGGAUGCCGGUAACCCUCAUCAAAUUGAACGACAACUGCAGUCCGUGCUGGAUGAGAGCGCAUCAUCGUCUUCUGAUUCGUCACGCUCCUCAUCGCCCUCGCGCAAGAAGGGUGUAUUUCCGAUACCAUUCGUUGGUCAAGGCUUCCAUGCGGUUGGAGACGGGUUUCGCGAUGUAGGGCAAGGCGUGGAUCGCUUCAACAAGAAGAUCUACGGUGGCUUCAGAGGCGCCUUUGCAGGCAAAGACAAGCGUGGACCUGCUCAGCCCCAGCUUGAUGGCACCGGCGAGCGACCAAUUUCUUCGCCGACUUCCGCAGACUUUGGGCAACGGGGCGCUAGUAGCGAUACCUACUCUCCACUGACAGUGCCAGAGCAGGACCAAUUGGAGUCUGACCUUACUGUGACCGAGACAAGUUCGCCUGAUGAAAAGCACAAGCACAAGCACAAGACGGAAGAGAAGGAGAAGAAGAAGGGAGUACUGCAGAAAGUGAAGGAGUCGCCCUUUAACCCAAUUCGACCUUUACGUCGCAUGAGCGACGAUUUUGCAAGCCCGCAACCUUUCCGUAAACCCGGCGAAAAGCUGCCAGAAGAUUUAAAGGAGCCUGUCAAAGCAAAGUACAACUACGCAGGUGUCUGGAACGAUGCUCUUGAAGAGGACGAUGAUACCGCCCUUUGGAGGUCGUAUAUUAAGCCCAAGGACCGCGAGACCAUGCGUCUUCCUCUCUUCAAAUGGGACUGGUGGCCAUCUCUUCCAUUGAUCGGCAAGAAGGUCGACAAAAUCUACCAUUGUCGCAAAGAGCUGGCACGAUUGAACACUGAGAUUGCCGAGGACCAGGCUCAUCCUGAACGCUUCCCGUUGAUGAAUUCUGCUUUCAUCCAAUUCAACCACCAAGUUGCUGCACACAUGGCUUGCCAGGCGCUGAGUCACCACGUUCCUAGGCAGAUGGAUCCUCGUACUAUCGAAGUCAACCCCAACCAAGUGCUUUGGGACAACUUGACUAUGAAGUGGUGGGAACGAUAUCUCCGGCUGUUCGGUGUCAUCGCAACCAUUGUUGGGCUGAUCAUCUUCUGGGGUAUUCCCGUCUCGUUCACUGGAGCUUUGUCCCAAAUCUCUACUCUAACAGACGAGCUUCCUUGGCUGGGGUUCCUCGAGAAGCUUCCCACGUGGGCGAUCAGUUUGAUCCAGGGUGUGUUGCCUCCGCUGUUGCUGGCUGUUCUUUUCGCGGUCCUGCCAAUUCUUCUACGGUUCUUGGCGGGUGCCACCGGUACUACGACAUCUGGAGAGCGCGAACUUCUUGUGCAGAACUUCUACUUCGCCUUCGUCUUCAUCCAACUGUUCUUAGUCGUUUCUCUCUCCUCAGGUAUCACGGCUACGAUUGAGAAGAUCACCAGCAACCCCACCAGUGUCCCCCAAACCCUGGCUGAAAGCUUGCCAAAGUCCGCCAAUUACUUCUUCUCUUACAUGAUUCUGCAAGCUCUCAGUAUCAGUUCUGGUACACUGUUGCAGAUCGGAUCUGUUCUGGUGAUCAUUCUCUUCGGAUUUUUCGACACCACGCCUCGCGAAAAGGUCUCGAGAGUGCUUAACAGGUCAGGCAUCAACUGGGGCACUAUGAUUCCGGUAUACACCAACUUCGGCGCCAUUGGUAUCAUCUAUUCAGUUAUUUCGCCUUUGAUCAUCAUCAUGAUGUUGAUCACCUUCUGCCUGUUCUGGUUCACCUACCGAUACCAAAUGAUCUACGUCUCGUACGCUAAGACCGAAACGAACGGACUGAUCUUCCCGAAAGCCAUCAAUCAGCUCUUUACUGGCUUGUACUUCCUGGAACUGUGUCUUGUGGGUUUGUUCUUCCUGCAGGAAAACAGAGCGUGUGUACCUCACGCAAUCAUCAUGAUUGUCGUUCUAGCCUUGACAGUGCUGUACCAGUUUGUGCUCAAUCGAGCCUUCGGCCCUCUCUUCACUUACCUUCCUAUCACGUUCGAGGACGAGGCUGUCGAGCGUGAUGAGGAGUUCCAGCGUGCGCAAGCCGGACGAUGGACCAAGGAGGAAGAUGCGGAACACCAGUCACUUGUUGGAGAGCACGCCGCGCAGACAGCAGAGGAGCGCGAACGUGCGCACAUGGAAGAGAUGGACCGUCUCGACGCCCAACGUACGCCAUCGGGUAACGGCAACGACGCAUACGAGCUUGAGGAAUUCAAUAGCCCCGAGCGAUCGCGCAAAACAAACUGGGCUAACAAAUCCCACACUUCUGUCAACGACAGCCGCUCCCGCUCCCGCUCACACACCACGCCCAAGAAGCACCACCGCAAAGCUCCCCUGGACGUCUUUACCGAUACGCUCAAGCGGGGCCUCAACGAUGUCACAGAUGGUGUGACCCGCCCCGUGCGCGACAUUGAAUCGCAGGUUCUUCCCACAGCCAACCUCUUCGAUAACAUCGACGAUGAGCUGCAAGAUAUCGAGCCUGAAGCCCGCCAGAAGCUCAUCAAACGUAGCUUCCAGCAUCCCGCGACGCGUACCAUCCAGCCUGCUGUAUGGGUCCCGCACGACGAGCUGGGCGUUGCUAAGGACGAGAUUCAGCGCACGAGUGCAUUCAGUCAGCAGAUUUGGAUUACGAGUGUGAACGCCAGGUUGGACGGCGGUGGUCGGGUUAUGUACAGGGGGCUACCGCCCGAUCGUGAUCCCUUUGAGAACAUGGAGGUGUAG